CCAAUUGCGUCACCACGGCUUCACGACAACACAUUAAACGACCGCAGCCUCGUCAGCUCCCGCGCCACCUAUGGAAGCUUCCCAAUAGCCCCGACCCUUCGCAGCCCAGCUGCUUGUCCAGAACCAUCCCGAAGACCGUGCGCGAGAAACUGCAUAGCCCCCCGCUCGCUGUCGGCGCGUCACCAUGGUCGUUCUCGAGCUCGGCCUCGCAAUGGCGGCGAGGCCGAUAGUCUCAACAAUUGCCAUUCGUACAGGCCCUAGGUUAUCACCUUCGCGCGCGCAGUUGAUAAUCAGAUACCGCCGCCUCGCGCAAGUCGGCCAGCCCCGAUGGAGCUCAAACUUCACCUCCCGGGAAGAUGCGCCGAGCUCUUCGCCCGGAUCCUCGUCAGCUUCGCCGUCCUCCGCACCUCCAUCCACAGCGACUAGUACGUCUUCCGAAUCGUUCGCCUCUGGACGGAAGAAAAAAGAGUCGGCGGGCGGCAAGUUCAACCUCUACGGCGACGACUGGGAGGACUCGGUCGACUUCGCUAUCAAGUCCUUCGAAGACUUGCCUCAUCGUCUGUUUGGCGUCAAUCAGCACAUGAUUAUAAACUACGAGCUCAAGGAGGCCCUGCGCAUCAUGCUACGACAGUUCAAUGCACCUAUUGUGUACUGCUUCGCCUACGGCUCAGGUGUGUUCCCACAAGAGGACACGAGCGGCCGUAGCAUCACCGAAGCCGAAUUCCGCGCGGUGCAUCCCAAGCCUCCCGAGGCCCUGGUCAAGGCACAAAAGGGUUCUCCCAAGAUGAUCGACUUUAUAUUUGGUGUGUCGCAUACGCAACAUUGGCACUCCAUAAACAUGAAGCAGCACCGGGACCACUACUCAGGCAUCGCCUCCCUUGGCUCGGGAUUCGUCUCGCGAGUGCAGAGCUGGGGCGCCGGCGUCUAUUUCAACCCUUAUAUCGAAAUGAACGGUAUGCUUAUCAAGUACGGUGUCACCAGCAUCGACAACCUCGUCAAGGACCUCUCCACAUGGGAUAACCUGUAUCUGGCGGGCCGCCUUCAAAAACCCGUCAAGAUUCUGCGCGACCACCCACAGGUUCGCCUCGCCAAUCAACACAACCUCAUCGCCGCUGUUCGCACCGCUCUCCUCCUGCUCCCGCCAGACUUCACCGAGACGCAGCUCUACAGCACCAUCGCGGGGCUCAGCUACCUCGGCGACCCGCGCAUGGCCCUGCCGACGGAGAAUAAGAACAAGGUUGACAAUAUUGUCAACAACAACGUCGUCCAUUUCCGCCGACUCUACGCACCUCUGAUCAAGACGCUCCCCAACGUAGCUUUUACUAGCCCGGUCCGUCUCGACGAUGAGGACUGGGUACUUGACCCCUUGGCCGACACCAAGCUUCAACAGGAUAUGGACCCCGUCAAGCGCGGCAACAUGGUCAGGCGCCUACCUCGCAGCUUCCAAUCCCGUCUUUACUUCCAAUACCAGAAGAAGUUUCACAUGCCUCGCGAGGAGUUCAACCGCAUGAUGGAAGCAUCGUCCGACGACGGCAGCUCCAUCAAGCGUCGACAGGGCGGUGAGUUCGAACAGCGCAUCGCACGCGAUGACCCAGCGGACCUGCAACAUAUCGUGCGCCAGGUUAUCAAGCAGACGGUCAACUGGCCGAGCACGACGCAGAGCAUCAAGGGCCUGCUUAUGGGCGGCUGGGGCCGUACUUUCAGAUACCUGGGCGAAAAGUACGCCAAGUGGAAAAAGGGCCGCAAAGAUGCCGCGGCUAAGAAACCGGAGCCUCAGGACCAAGAAAGGGCCAGUGGCCACAGCAGCAGCGAGAAGAAGGAAGAGUAA